CGGUCGUCACGGGCGACGGUGCGCUACCCCUCGGCUCGAAUCCGGAGGCGCGUGCGACGCCAGCGACGAGCGACGCGCAGGAACAGGGGCAGGAGCAAGGCUGGAGCAGGAGCCAGAGCAGGGAUAGCGACACAAGCAGGAGCAGGAGCCGGAGCAGGAGCACCAUGCCGCGUUGGCCUCGUGUCACCGCACACCUGGCCCCGGGCGUGCUUGGCAUACGAUGUUGAGAAGACGGGACGGUUUCUGUUUGUGCUCCGCAAACUGGCCGGUCGUCCUGGCUCUGGCCGUACUGAUCCUGCGGCCGCGCGGGGCUUCAGGGUUAACAGGCUGGCAGCCGCCGGUGCCAGCCAACCUCACCAUCCGCCACUCGACGCCGUACACCGUGUGCCUGACAUGGACGCUUGGCGCGCCCCUGCCCGGCUCGGCCCCGCUCGCGCUGCAGGUCAUCUACCGACCCAUCAACGCCAGUUACCGGGUUAUAGCUGACGUUCGGGGUCACCAGAGGUCAGUGACCCUGGAUAACCUGAGGCCCGAAACUCAGUACCGUCUGGUGAUGACUUCAUCUAGUAACGGCUCCCCGAUCGGCACCAGUCCUGUGAUUUUCUUCCACACGCCGCCCACAUUGCCUCUGGGCAUCCUCCGCUCCCCGCACGGCGAGCAUACGGACGUGCUGAGUGCCGAGGAGAUCAGCAUCAUCAUCAUCGUGCUCGGCGUUUGGAUGCUUGCCAUCGUGCUCUUCUUCAACAGGUGGGGCAAGAUCCGGAUGCUGGAGCCGUACGAGUACAACUUUAAGUACCACCACCCGCUACCGGAGCUGGGUCACCGCCAGAGCUGCCCUCUGGCGGACGGCGCGCCACUGCUGCCGAGCUCGCUGGACCGCCGCUUCCUGCCCUACGGCCGACGCUGCUCCUCGCUCUCAGCAUACGUGGUCACCGAGCCGCGCAUGGCUCGCAACAACAGUGAGCCCGUGCCACCCCAGCGGUACGAGCCUGCCGCGCACCGCGCCAGCAUGCAGGAGCUGCGCCCCCGGCCAGCGCCGGCCCCAGAAUUGGCGCUGCCGCUGGACCACCUGGGACCGCCGCAGGAUCCGGCGCCGGGUCGUAGGCAGAUGUCGGAGCACGGCCCCAGGUCAGGACGCGGCUGUCUGUGUCGGGAGAAGACGCGGGACUCGCAGGUGUGA